AUUCACCUGAAGAAGAAGAAGAAGUUAAACAGUGCUCUUGUUUUUUGACAACAAACUCGAAUUAUUUGACAAAUUCUGGAGAAGAACGGAUAAUUAGGCGAUGGAAACGCAGCCUGAGGUGCCCGAGGUGCCGCUGCGUCCGUUCAAAUUGGCGCAUCAGGUUGUGAGUCUCACGGGCAUCAGUUUCGAGCGGAAGAGCAUUAUCGGCGUGGUCGAGCUAACCAUCGUGCCAAACAGCGAAAACCUGCGACUCAUCCGCUUAAAUGCCAAGCAGCUGAGGAUCUACAGCGUCGUUUUGAACGAUGUCUGCCAGGCGGAGUUCGUAUACUUUGAUCCCUUCCAGGACAUCACGCACAAGGAACCUAAGAGCCGCGUGCUGGAGACAUACUCUAAGCACCAUCUGGCCGCCGCCCAGAUCACCGAUCCGGAUGCGAACAACGGCGAGCUGUUGAUCCAGGUGCCGCCAGAGGGCUACUCCAUGAUCCAGGAGGGUCAGGGUCUGCGCAUUCGCAUCGAGUUCUCGCUGGAGAAUCCCAAGAGUGGCGUCCAUUUCGUCAUACCACCCACGGCCACGGACGAGGAGACCCAGAUGAACUGCUCGCAUAUGUUCACCAACUGCUAUGAGAACUCCACACGUUUGUGGUUUCCCUGCGUGGACAGCUUUGCGGAUCCCUGCACUUGGAGGCUGGAGUUCACCGUGGACAAGAAUCUGACGGCUGUGUCGUGUGGAGAACUCAUGGAGGUCAUUAUGACCCCAGAUCUUCGGAAAAAAACCUUCCACUAUACGGUUACCACUCCCGUGUGUGCUCCGAAUAUCGCCCUGGCUGUUGGUCAGUUCGAGAUCUAUGUGGAUCCCCAUAUGCACGAGGUGACCCACUUCUGCCUGCCCGGAAUGCUGCCGCUGCUGAAGAACACGGUUCGAUACCUCCACGAGGCCUUUGAGUUCUUCGAGGAGACCUUAUCCACGCGCUACCCGUUCUCCUGCUACAAACAGGUGUUUGUAGACGAGUUGGACACGGACAUCAGUGCCUAUGCCACCAUGAGCAUCGCUUCGGUGAAUCUGCUGCACUCCAUAGCAAUCAUCGAUCAAACCUAUAUAUCUCGAACCUUUAUGUCGCGCGCUGUGGCUGAGCAAUUCUUCGGGUGCUUUAUAACAUCACACCACUGGUCGGACACCUGGCUGGCCAAGGGCAUCGCUGAGUACCUGUGCGGGCUCUAUUCGAGAAAGUGCUUCGGAAACAACGAAUACCGUGCUUGGGUGCAAUCAGAACUGGCUCGAGUGGUACGCUAUGAGGAGCAGUACGGCGGGAUUAUACUCGAUUGCAGCCAGCCUCCAGCUCCUUUACCUGUUUCGGGCACAAAUCCAUCUGCUGCUGCCAGCAAGCAGCAGGAAAUUGUCCACUAUUUCCCCAUCAAGAGUUUGCACACUGUGUCGCCGAAAUAUGUGGAGGCGAUGCGCAGGAAGGCGCAUUUGGUUAUUCGGAUGCUAGAGCACCGCAUCGGCCAGGAGUUGCUCAUUCAGGUGUUUAACAAACAACUGGCUUUGGCCACCAACGCGGCGUCGAUGAAAAUUGGUUCUGGACUCUGGUCUCAGCUGCUCAUCUCCACCAACAUCUUCAUUAAGGCAAUCUUCACGGUGACCGGCAAGGAUAUGUCUGUUUUCAUGGACCAGUGGGUGCGCACUGGAGGUCAUGCGAAGUUCUCCCUCACAUCUGUUUUUAAUCGCAAGAGAAACACCAUCGAGCUGGAAAUCCGCCAGGAUUUUGUUAAUCAGCGAGGAGUCCGAAAGUAUAAUGGCCCUUUGCUGGUGCAGCUGCAGGAGUUGGACGGAACUUUUAAGCACACACUGCAGAUUGAGAACACCCUAGUAAAGUCGGAUAUUACCUGUCACUCGAAGAGCAGGCGUAACAAAAAAAAGAAGAUCCCCUUGUGCACCGGCGAGGAGGUGGAUAUGGAUCUAUCAGCCAUGGACGAUUCACCUGUGCUGUGGAUCCGCCUCGACCCGGAGAUGAUUUUGCUGCGUGAUCUGAUCAUCGAGCAGCCUGACUUCCAGUGGCAGUAUCAGCUGCGGCACGAGCGGGAUGUAACCGCGCAAUUUCAAGCUAUCCAGGCUCUCCAGAAAUAUCCAACGAAUGCCACUAGGCUUGCUUUAACGGACACCAUCGAGAGCGAGCGUUGUUUCUACCAAGUGCGCUGCGAGGCGGCCCACAGCCUUACCAAAGUGGCUAACCAGAUGGUGGCCUCCUGGAGCGGCCCACCCGCCAUGCUAAAUAUAUUUAGGAAAUUCUUUGGUUCCUUUAGUGCUCCGCACAUCAUCAAGCUAAACAACUUCUCCAACUUCCAGUUGUACUUCCUGCAGAAGGCUAUUCCUGUGGCAAUGGCAGGUCUGCGCACAUCCCACGGCAUAUGUCCACCGGAAGUGAUGCGUUUCCUCUUCGAUCUCUUUAAGUACAAUGAGAAUUCGCGUAACCAUUACACGGAUGCAUACUACAGAGCGGCUUUGGUGGAAGCUCUGGGCGAAACCCUAACACCAGUGGUUUCCGUUGCCAUCCAUGGCACACAGAUCACCACGGACAGUCUCUCGACAGACGCAAAAUUAGUGUUGGACGAAGUUACUCGUCUUCUGAAUAUGGAGAAACACCUGCCCUCGUACAAGUACAUGGUGUCCGUAUCCUGCCUGAAGGUCAUCCGUAAGCUACAGAAGUUCGGUCACUUGCCCUCACUGCCUCACAUUUACCGCAGCUAUGCGGAGUAUGGAAUCUAUUUGGAUCUUCGCAUUGCUGCCAUGGAGUGCCUUGUGGAUUUCGUGAAGGUGGAUGGACGUAGCGAGGAUCUAGAACAUUUGAUCACGCUGCUGGAAACGGAUCCCGAUCCAGCUGCUCGCCAUGCGUUGGCCCAACUUUUGAUCAACAAUCCUCCCUUCACGCGCGAAUCUCGCAGCCGCCUGGAUAAACCCAAUCUGGUAGAUCGUCUGUGGUUCAGCAUCAACACGCUAGCCUAUGACACCAAGCUGCGAUGCGAUACCGUGGACUUGUACUACGCACUGUACGGAAGCAAGCGACCUAAUUGCUUGCAGGCCGGCGAAAACCAGAGCUUCUACAAGGACCUGAUGAAGGAUAAUGGUGGCACUGCAAGCAGUGUGACAGGAAGCUUCAAGAAGACCAGUGAUUCUAAGCCGGCUCCUCAACCACUAAUGGAUAGUUUAUCCAAUGAGCCGCAGGAGCGGCACAAGCCCGCCAUGGUGACUAUCAAGAGAACAGCAACGGAAGCCUUCGAGGUGGGCGAUGAGAUUAUCAAGCUGGAGCGCAGCGAGGAGAUCACCGUGCUAGAUGAACCAGUAAACGUUCAGGCCUACGAUAGUGAGACCAAAGUGAAUAUCCUGCCGACCGAUGACGAUGCACCCGAAUCGCAUCAGGUAUCCAAGCGCCUUAAGACGGAAAUAUAUGCCGAGGAUGACAACUCCUCCGUAAUGCUAGACGUGGGCGACUCCACCAGAUAUGAGAGCAGCUAUGAGGAGGGCAAGCUCAAGACUGGCGAUGGUCUGCUCAAGAAGAAAAAGAAGAAGGACAAGAAGAAGCACAAGCACAAACACAAGCAUAAGCACAACAAGGACAAGGAUAAGGAUCGCGAGCGCAAGGAUAAGGACAAGCGUGAUCCGCAGAUAUCGCGCCUGCAGGCCCGAGAGACUGCCACUCCGGACACGCUUAGCUCGGCGGAUAGUAGCAACAGCAACAGCCUGCCGCCCAUGAACCUUAACUAAGUGAGGGUUCCAAUCGGGUGGGAAUAUCAGUUGCAACAUGUGCAAAAUAAAGGUAAAAUUAGUUCUAACAGGAAA